AUGACCUUGGACAAAGGACUCUCAGUACCCCAAAAGAGCAAUGGGGGGAGAAGAGAAAAGGAAAGCUGCAGUUGUACUGAAAAGGGGAACAUCCAGUGCCAAAGCAGGGCAAAUAGUCCAGCGCAAACAAAACAUUCUGUAAAAGAUGCAAGAAGGAAUGUGAGAAAACGGCACAAAAUCAGUGCAAACAGCAGUGCCCCUGAGAAGAAAAUACAUAGAUAUGAGGAGCCAAAUAGAUCAGGAGAAGAUUGUCUAAGUGUGAAGAGCUCUAGAGACUCCCUCCCCAUUUCACUGUCCAGCCUUAGGUUUCAGUUUGAGCUAGGACAGGGGGCAUUUGGGAAAGUCAUGUUGGCUUCAUUCACUGGAAAUGAUUCCAUGGUAGCAGUUAAAAUGGUUAGCAAGAAAGCCACAAAGCAUAUAUUACCAGAGAAGAGGACAUUGGAGUUGGCUAGGAACAGCCCGUUUCUCUGCCAUGGGUACGCUGCCUUCCAGACAGAAACCCGUGUCUUCUUUAUCAUGGAAUACAUGCCUGCAGGGAGCCUUGAACAGUACAUGCGCAGAGUGGGCUGCAUGAAGGAGAGAACAGCAAGGUUUUAUUCAGCAGAAAUAGCCUGUGGCCUCCAAUACCUUCAUUCCCGCGGCAUUAUCCAUAGGGACCUGAAACCAGACAACAUCUUACUUGAUGGUAGAGGGCAUGCCAAAAUAAGUGAUUUUGGCCUUGUCGCAGAAGAUAUUUUUGGAGCCACACUGACAACGGGACGCCGUGGGACUUUCUUGUACAUGGCCCCAGAGAUACAUUUGGGCAAGGGAUAUGGAGCUGCUGUGGACUGGUGGUCCUUCGGAGUGAUGCUGUUCCGCAUGCUCAAUGAGGGACUAUUUCCUUUCUAUUGUGGAAACUGUAAGAAAGCUACGGCCCGUUCAAUUAUUCACGAUGACCCUCAUUACCACCAAGGGUUGAGCAAACGAGCUGUGGCCAUCUUGAAAGAACUCCUGAAAAAGGAUCCUGAGCAUCGUCUUGGAAAUACAGGUGACAUCAGGCAGCACCCAUUCUUUCAACACAUCAAGUGGGGAGAUUUAGAAAAGUGCAAGAUAGCCCCUCCAUGGCACUGGACUUUAAGAUCAAAGCACAAUCGGAAAUCUCUCCAGCGCAUGCCACCAUGUCUGGAGGUCACCCAGAAAUGCCCUCAUCUUUGCAACAACCAGUUCUUGUUUGGGCUUUCCUUUGUCAGUCCAGAUUGGAUGAUCUCUCUCAAGUGA